AUGGGCACAAGGCUGCAUGCUCAAGGGACGGCUGCUCAAGUGCCUUUGUCUCUGAGCUCUGGCAUCUGAAGCAUGCUUUUUACAGUGAAGGACUGUCAAGUUCUGUGUGGUGUUGAUCAAAUCUUUAUCAACAUCCCUGGCUGUAUCUCUUCUGCCACACACAUUUGCAUGGCAGGAUCUCUCAGCCCCUUUUGCAGUCAAAGGGCAGAGAUAAACAUCCUGGAAAUCAAUAAGGAAUUGCACUCCCAGGUGGCAGAGAGCGAACAGCAGUUAAGAGACCUGAAGGAGAACUUGCUUACCUCUGUAGCUACUGCCUACUCCUUGGCCAACCAGCUGCAGAAAUAUAAUAAGUUCUAUAGGUUCACCAUCCUCAAAGUGAUGAACAAUUCGUGCAGAGACAUCAUGGAGUCCAUGCUGGGUGAGAAGCCAAAUUUCAAGGAGCAGGAGCAGGCAGAGAAGCCAACUCUAGCUGAAAAGCUCAGGUCAGGGGUGCUGUGUGUGGGACAGGCAGGAGGAAGGUCUCUAUGGUACACGUUCCAAGAGGGGAGAGAUGUCCCAUUUCUAUUCAAUCGUCAUCUCAAGGCCCUCGUCACCCAAGAUGAUCCUGACGACUCCCAGGGGCAGGGCCUUUUACAAGAGCACCUGGCUGAGGGGCACAGGCUGGCAGAGCAACUCACCUGCAUGCUCAGCCCAGCUACCAAGUUCUACUGGAACUAUGAAAAAAAUGAAAGUGUUCCAGAAAAAAAGUAG